UAGUAGAUCUAAAUGUUACAUUUUAACUUGGUUAUUAUAGUUUAAUUACAGAUACAUCAUGUUUUCAUAACAAGAGAAUAUUGACUUCUUAAUAUUAGAAUAUGUAAGGCUUCUUUGUAUUGGAUUUUUAUUACUUAUUUAACUUGCAAUAACAAUAAAUAUCAAUAAAAUUAAGAGAUUGAUUAAAUCUCAUUGAAAUAAAGAGAUUGAUUAAACAUUAAAAAUGACCACUUCUAAAGAGAAAGACUUAAGUUUAGCUAGAAAAAAUCUUGCAGCUUCAUUGGGUGAUAAUGCAAAAGUAUAUUUUGAAAAAAUGAAACUUUGGUUUCAAAUGAAGACAACAAAAGAAGAGUUUGACUGUGAGGCUCGUAAUAUCAUGACAGAAGACCAAGUUCAUUUGCAUAAUGAAUUUUUACUUUGUUUAUUCAACAAAGUUAGAGGAUUGGCAGUAGCUAUACCAAAUCGUAAAACGGAUAAAGAUAAGAUAGUUAAGGAAAAAAGACUUAGGUUAAAACGUAAAUAUAAAACUGACAAGUCAAACUUUGAGCCAGCAGAUAUUUAUGCAGAGGUACUAAAUCAAACAUCAUCACCAGUUGGGGAUGAACCUAUAGGAGCAAAUAGAUCUAGUGCUCAAGAACUUAUAUUACCUGAUCGGACAUUUGUAUUAGCUAGACUCAUGCUUGCUGCAUGGGAAAAUAACAUGGAUGGUGCAGAAGAAAAUACUGCCCAUAUUGUUAUUGCUGCAACCCAGAUUUUUGUGAAAAAUAUACUUACUGCAAUUCUAGCAAAUAGAAAAGAAUUCAGUGUAAAAGAAGGAUCAUUUAUUCAUAGCAUAGGAAAUCCUGUACCUUGUUCAUGGAAACGAAAUACAGCAUAUAUAAUUCGAUCAUCUGAUUACAGUCCCACAGAAGUAGUAGAUCCUUAUGGACAAGUUCCAGCUACAAGGCAAAAUUUUGAAGAAGCUGAACAAGCGACUGCUUUUUCAUUUGCAUGUUCUGUACAAACUACAUCUGCAUCUUUGAAACCAGUUAGUAUAGCUGAUUUACAGCGUACAUUAAAGAUUCAUAAAAAUCUCAUCAGUAAUCAUACAAUUUAUGAUACAAAUAUGGAACGCUUACACACCUAUGCAACGCAUCCAACAUGGGAAGAUUUAGAAGCUAGAAAUUUAUUAAGUAAAAAAUGUAAAACUUAAAAUAAGAAACAAUAUUUACGUAUAUGUAAAUAUUUGAA